UGUCUCUCUCCUCGACUAGAACGAGUACUUGUUUCAGUUUGGGUGAAGUCGAAGCGCAGAAAACCAGGGUUUGCCGGAGAGAGAAAGUGGAGAGAAAAAUUCGAGACCGAAAUCGAGAGAAGAGUGAGAGAUGGAGAUAGAGUUGGAGCCCAGAGUGAAGCCAUUGGGCUACAAAAUCAAGGGCAUCUCCCGAGAGUCGCCGUCUCAGAAGGCUGCGCACAUCCUCGACCCCGACCUUCGUAACCACUGGUCCACCGGUACCAAUACCAAGGAGUGGAUUUUGCUCGAACUUGACGAACCAUGCUUGCUAUCACAUAUAAGGAUUUAUAACAAGUCGGUUUUGGAAUGGGAAAUUGGAGUUGGGUUGCGCUAUAAGCCAGAGACAUUUGUAAAAGUUCGGCCACGCUGUGAAGCACCUAGGCGUGACAUGAUGUAUCCCGUCAACUACACUCCAUGCCGCUAUGUUAGAAUAUCUUGUUUGCGGGGGAACCCUAUUGCUAUUUUCUACAUUCAGUUGAUUGGGGUUUCAGUUGCUGGCCUUGAAUCAGAGUUUCAACCAGUUGUAAAUUACUUGUUGCCGCAAAUAAUUUCACACAAACAAGAUGCUCAUGAUAUGCAUCUCCAGUUGCUUCAAGAUUUGACAAUUCGGUUGGUUGCAUUCCUUCCCCAACUUGAGGCAGAUCUCAGUACCUUUCCAGAUGCACCAGAGCCCAAUCUGCGCUUCCUUGCUAUGCUUGUGGGACCUUUCUAUCCGAUACUUCACACUGUAAAUGAAAGAGAAACUUCAAGAUUGGCUGGAAAUAGUUUAGAGUCUGAAGCUUCCAAAAACAGUCAGCUGUCAUCUGCUUUAUCUGUUUCAUCUAACUUUGAGCCAAGGAGAUCACGCAACACAUCACCUCUUCUUUUGUCCGCAAGUUCCCUAGUGUUCCGUCCUGAUAAUAUCUUCAUCUUGCUGCGGAAAGCUUACAGAGAUUCUCAUCUGGGAACCGUUUGCCGAUUGGCUUCUAGAAUUCUGUUAAAGCUCAUGGCACCCCUUAAAUUGCAACAAGCUUCUAUACCUUCACCAGGGAUUGCAUCUUCCCCAGAUGAGGCACUGAAAGCUGAGGAAACCAUUCAUCCUUUUUUAAUUGAUUACUCAAACUUGUUUGGAGAAGAAUUCCAGAUACCUGGUGAUCAUUGGGAUGCAAACUAUCUUAGUGUGCUAGAUAUUGAGGCUGUAGAGGAAGGGAUAUUACAUGUUCUUUAUGCUUGUGCAUCCCAGCCCCUGCUGUGUAGCAAGUUGGCGGAUAGCACAUCUGACUUCUGGUCUGCUUUGCCACUUGUACAAGCAUUAUUGCCAGCUCUCCGUCCCAAUGUAAGUAUUCCAGAUCAAGUUGAUGAUAGUUUCUCUCCAUGGAAACAAUCCUCUGUGCAACAUGCUGUAUCCCAGAUAGUGGUAACAUCAUCUUCACCAGUAUACAGACCACUGCUUCAUGUUUGUGCAGGCUAUUUGUCGUCAUUUUCUCCAUCCCAUGCUAAAGCUGCUUGUGUUCUCAUUGAUCUUUGCUCUGGUGUGCUUGCCCCAUGGAUAGCUCAAGUGAUUGCGAAGGUGGAUUUAACCCUGGAGCUUCUGGAGGACCUUUUAGGUGUAAUCCAGGGAUCUCACCAUUCCUUAACUCGUGGCCGUGCUGCUCUUAAAUAUAUUAUGUUGGCUCUAUCAGGGCAUGUGGAUGAUAUAAUGGCAAAAUAUAAGGAUGCUAAGCACCGAAUUCUCUUUCUUGUGGAGAUGCUAGAACCAUUCCUUGAUCCUGCCACAACCCCCAUAAAGAGUACAAUUGCCUUUGGGAAUGUUUCUUCAGUUUUUCAGGAGAAGCAGGAGCAUAAUUGUGCAGUUGCACUUAAUAUAAUUCGAACAGCAGUAAGAAAGCCUGUUGUUCUUCCUUCAUUGGAAUCUGAAUGGAGGCGGGGUUCAGUUGCUCCAAGUGUACUACUCUCUAUACUGGAACCUCGUAUGGAGUUACCUCCCGAAGUUGACCAUUGCAAGUAUCCUGUAUCUGAUCCUUUGGCCCAGGAAACAGCAAAUGUUCCAGCUCUCUCUUCUGCACCUCGCUUUGGAGGAGCUUCUUCAAAAUCUAAUGCCCAAGAACUCGCUGAUGGGAAGAAAGAUAUUUCUGAUACUGAUGCAAAAAUGGAUAUUUUGGAAGAUGUCAAUCUUCUCUUUGCACCAUCUGAAUUAAGGAACAUGGCAUUGGCAUCUAUUUCGGGCAGUCUAGAGAGGGGCUCUGAUUUGAAGCGUGGAAAUGUCAUGAGAGGAGAGAAAAAUAUUGUUGAGAAAAAAAUCAAUAAUCUGAGAAACAAUGGGAUGAUAUUAGAUUCUGAUUGUCCUGUUGAGUACUUCGAUUUGCAUUUAGACUGGUUCCAGCUUUUGAACUACCGUGAUAGUGAGUUGAGGGCUUCUGAGUUUCGUCGUUUGGCCUUAGAUUUACAUUCUCAGCAUGAGAUUACUCCUGAGGGUCAUGAUGCUGCUAUAGAUGCUUUGCUUUUGGCAGCAGAGUGCUAUGUUAAUCCCUUCUUUAUGAUGUCUUUGACAGACACUAAAAAGACUGUUAACAGGAUGAACUUUGACCAGAAGAAAAGUACUGAAAAAUAUGAGCGUUCAGAUCUCCAGUGUGUUUCAAAAAAGAAUGCUAAAGAGUUGGAAACAGUAGCUCGUCUUGAAAGCAGAAGAGACAAAAUUGUUCUUGAAAUUUUGCUUGAGGCUGCAGAAUUGGACAGGAAUUAUCGGAAAACGUUGUCAGAUGGGCAACUGCAUUCCUUGUAUGCAGAAGAUAAUGAAGAAUUCAUUAAUUUGUCUCAACAUGAUACUUUAUCUUCAGAUGCUAUCACCUUGGUUCGACAAAAUCAAGCACUGUUGUGCAGUUUUCUGAUUGAGCGCUUGCAGAAGGAGCAACAGUCAAUGCAUGAAAUUCUAAUGCAAAGUCUUUUAUUUUUGUUGCAAUCAGCAACUAAGUUGUUCUGCUCACCUGAUAGUGUAAUUGAUAUCAUAUUGGGAUCUGCUGAGUACCUUAAUGGAGUGCUUACAUCCUUAUAUCAUCAGUCCAAGGAAGGAAAUUUGCAGUUGGAUCCAGCAAGGGUACAUGAGGUACAUCGUCGUUGGAUGCUUCUUCAGAGGCUGGUAAUUGCGUCAAGUGGUGGUGAUCAGGGGCCUGAGUUUUCAGUUAAUAUCAAUAAUGGAUUUCGGUUUGCAAAUUUGAUUCCUGCUGCAUCUUGGAUGCAGAAGAUACCUAGAUUUUCUUCUAGUGGUUCACCACUGGUUCGGUUUCUUGGAUGGAUGGCUGUAUCUCGUAUUGCAAAAGAGUAUCUGGAGCAGCGCCUCUUCCUAGUUUCAGAUCUGUCUCAGCUAACAUAUCUGUUGUCUAUUUUCUCUGAUGAGCUUGCAUUAUUAGAUAAGAUUGUUGAAGAGAAAGACAAGAACAAGUCUGGACAACCAGUAGCUAAAGAAGUUGAAAACACUGAAAGAGAUUCUGAACUUCCUGGUCAACAGUAUGCAGACCAAACUUUCCAAGCUGUGUACCCUGAGAUAGGUCAGUUCUUCCCUAGUAUGAGAAAACAAUUUGAAACUUUUGGAGAAACUAUCUUGCAGGCCGUAGGAUUGCAGUUGAGAUGCCUUUCCUCUGGUCUUGUGCCAGAUUUGUUGUGUUGGUUCUCUGAUUUAUGUUUGUGGCCAUUUUCCCAGAAAGAAAAUAGCCAUCUUUUGACCCAAAAUAAUUUGGAUCAUUUUAAAGGUUUUGUUGCUAAGAAUGCCAAAGCAAUCAUCCUAUAUGUAUUUGAAGCCAUUGUUGCUGAGCACAUGGAAGCUAUGGUGCCUGAAAUGCCAAGAGUGGUGCAAGUGCUUGUGUCCUUAUCUAGAACCUCAUACUGUGAUGUGCCAUUUCUAGAUUCUAUAUUGCAUUUGCUAAAGCCUAUCAUCUCAUAUUCUCUACAUAAGGUAUCUGAUGAGGAAAUACUUUUGAUGGAUGACUCCUGUCUCAAUUUUGAGUCCUUGUGCUUCAAUGAGCUUUUUUCUAAUAUUAGACACCCUAAUGAGAAUGGAGGAACUGCAGGGGAAACUGUACAUUGCAGUGCAUUGACCAUUUUCAUUUUAGCUUCUGUUUUUCCCGAUCUAUCCUUCCCGCGUAAAAAGGAAAUUUUACAGGCUCUCAUCAUCUGGGCCGAUUUUGCUACUUCUGAGCAGACAACUUAUUUUCAUGAUUACCUUUGUGCAUUUGAGACUCUAAUGGCGAAUUGCAAAAUCUUGCUUGUUGAGACUUUAAGAGUCCUUGGUAUUAUCCCGGUUGAAGUUCCCCUUUAUUUUGAUGUAAGCACUGCUAUACCCUCUGAUAAUUGCUCAGAGGCCCAUUCAAUGUUUCUCAGUGAUAUUAGCCUGAGCCCUUCUCCAUCUGAGUUGUCUGUAAAACUUGAAACUAACAACUAUGAUGGCAUGACCCCGCAUCAAAAAGUUAGUCAUUUAUCUGUUGAACAAAUAGAGGAUUUCUCGAAAUAUUUGGAGGCUCUCAUUUCCAAGCUUAAUCCAACUAUUGACCUCUGUUGGAAGAUUCAUCAUCAACUGGCGAAGAAGCUAACUCUAAUAUCAGCACACUGUUAUAUUUACUCAAGGUGCUUAUCUUCAAUUUCACACAAUGCUUUGAUUUCAGCUCAGGUUGAGGAUGAGAGCAACCUUCCAUCUAAAUCAGUCAACCAGUCCACAGAGCACUGGAGGAUUGCUCUUGAAGGAUUUGCUGAAAUGAUUAUGGGACUACAAGAAGUCCAUUGCUGGGAAGUUUCAUCUGUGAUGCUUGAUUGUCUACUCGGAGUCCCUCAAUAUUUUUCUCUGGACAGUGUGACUGGUACAAUAUGUUCUGCAAUAAAGAACAUUUCUUGCAAUGCACCCAAAGUUGCCUGGCGCUUGCAGACUGAUAAAUGGUUGUCAUUUUUGUUUGCAAGAGGCAACCAUGCUCUACAUGAUGGAAAAAAUCAUUUUGGUAAUUUGUUUUGUGCAAUGCUUGGUCAUCCAGAACCUGAGCAGCGCUUUAUUGCCCUUAAGCACUUGGGAAGACUUGUAGGCCAAGAUAAGUCCAGUGGAACAGGAUUACUAUCUUCUGCCUCUCCUGACAACAUUUUAGUUUCAAUUUCUGAGCUAGUUCUGAAACCUCUGGUUUCAAAUACAUGGGACCAGGUAGCAGUAGUGGCAUCUUCGGACACAUCCUUACUUCUAAGGAUCCAUGCAAUGGUUCUUCUUGUUGACUAUAUUCCUUAUGCUGAGAGGCAUCAAUUACAAUCUCUUCUUGCAUCAGCUGACAGUGUUCUUCAUGGUUUGGGAAGAUUUGUACCCUCAACAUGUGAUGGCCCAAUGGUACAACUUUCAUUAGCACUCCUUGCCAGUGUUUGCCUGCACUCACCUGUUGAAGAUAUUACUCUGAUUCCUGAAAGUGUUUGGAGAAAUAUUGAAAGUUUAGGAAUGUCAAAUACUGGACGCAGGUGUGGGGAUCUUGAGAAAAAGGCUUGCCAAGCUUUGUGCAGGCUGAAACAUGAAGGAGAUGAUGCUAAAGAGAAUCUGAAAGAUGUGCUCUCCUCAAGUUCUUUCAAGCAACCAAUCCCAGAUUUUGGAAGUACACGUGAAUCAGUUCUUCAGGUCCUUGCCAAUUUAACUUCUGUUCAGUCUUACUUUGAUUUCUUCUCAAACAAAAUAGACCAAAAGGUUACGGAGCUUGAAGAAGCUGAAAUAGAAUUAGACCUUAUUCUGAAAGAGCAGAUGGCACAGGAGUCAUCUAAUAAUCUGAAGGAAUUGUCUCGACUCCCAUGUCUAGCAAGUUAUGGGAAGGAUGAUGACCGUCUUCGGCAAAUCAAGGACAGCAUUGAAUCCCUAGAGAAGUCCAAACUCAGGGAAGAGAUACUAGCCCGCAGGCAAAAAAAGCUUCUUGUAAGACAUGGACGUUUGAAAUAUUUGGAAGAGGUGGCCUUACGAGAAGCAGAACUUCUUCAAGAACUUGAUAGAGAGAGGGCAACUGAAGUAGAAAAAGAGAUUGAGAGACAGCAGUUGUUGGAACUCGAGCGUGCAAAAACAAGAGAGCUUCGUCAUCAUCUUGAUAUGGAGAAAGAGAAGCAAGCACAGAGAGAACUCCAACGUGAACUAGAGCAAGUGGAAUCUGGGCUUCGGCCAUCAAGACGAGAGUUUCCUUCCUCCAGUCAUACUAGUCGGCCUCGUGAAAGAUAUCGUGAAAGAGACAGUGGAAGACCAAGUAAUGAAGGCAACUUAAGAGCAAUUAGUGGCAACUUGCAGGCAGAUGCUUCCGCUGGCAAUACAUCCGUGACAAACAUGCCAUCAGUUCUGUCUGGGUCUCGACCUUUUUCAGGUCAGGUUCCAACUAUUCUGCAAUCACGUGACCGUCUAGAUGAUUGUGGCAGCAGUUACGAAGAAAAUUUUGAUGGAAGCAAGGACUCAGGUGACACGGGCAGUAUUGGGGACCCAGAGUUGGUGUCAGCAUUUGAAGGACAGUCUUCUAGUGGGAUUGGGUCCUCCCAAAGACAUGGAUCUAGAGGGGGUAAGUCGAGGCAGGCAAUAGAACGGAGAGAAAGGGACGGCAGACGUGAAGGAAAAUGGGAAAGAAAGCAUUAAUGAAUGGCAACCCGGAAAUUUGUUUCAAGAUCUGGGAGAUGAUCAACCUAAAAGAGCUGAUGUAUCCGAGGCAUACAAUGCCAGCCCAGCAAGCAGGAAGCCGCAUUAGUCUGCUUCAAAAAACAUGUCUUGAAGUGGUCUUUUGUCAGAGCAGCUAGAAUUAUACAAUUUUGGGAUGUGGUCAUUGGUCGGUACAGGGUAUUGCAUUUCUUGAAACGAAAAGCUGCCAUGAAGUGCAAAAUGGAAAUGUGGAGGAAGCUUGGCUGCAUGGAAAACUGAACUGAUGGCAAUGGCAAUGCAGCUUUGGAAUGUAAAACAAAUGUGUUUCACCCAGUAUUUUGUGGGAACCCAUAGUACAAUGUAAAUACUAUUUCAUCUUGUAUGUAAUUUGUACUAAUUUAUUAUUGGUUCAUAUUUUGCCGCAUAUUCUCGACCAAAGAUUUAUGAACUGUUCUCAACUUACAUGGGCGUGAAAAUGUGGCUACAUUAGGCAAAGUGGAGAAGAUUUCCUUUUUUUCC